AUGGAAGCCUUCAAGAAAGUCGGAAACCGGGAAGACGCGCCCCCCAAACACGAAAUGGUGCAUUUCCCCGGCCUCAUGUCUGAAAAGCGGUCGUUUGGCGACUUCCGAACCGUCCUGCACACGGGUCUCUACUCGCAAAUCGUCGCCAUGGAAGUACCCGUCAACGGCGAAAUUGGUGACGAAGUCCACACCGUCGACCAGAUCCUCUUGUUUACCUCGGGAAAGGGGCUUGCGACGGUAAAUGGCAAGGAUCAGGAGGUCAAGGCGGGUGAUGUCGUUGUUGUGCCGGCGGGGACGCAGCAUCAGUUUGUUACAAAGGGGGAUCAGCCGCUGGAGUUGAUUACGGUGUAUGCGCCUGCGGAGCAUCUGCCGAGUAGUGUGCAUAAGACUAAGGAGGAGGGGGAUAAGGCCGAGGAGGAUGAGAUUGAUGAGGCGCCCGAGUGGGCGUUGAAACCCAAGGCUGAGAAUGAGAAGAAUGGGUUGGUUAAGGAGAGUGGGAAGUAUUAA